AUGGACGCGGCGCAGGCGGCACAGGGCCACAUGGGCGAAGACCUCGGCACAGACUUGCUGGUUGGCCUCCCCGAGACGGACGGCCAGGUCGAGGGAGGCGAAGGCCACGCGAAGCCGACGAGAGCGGGGCCGCUGGCGCGGCAGAUGUGGAACUCUGCGCGCAGGGGCAACCGCAGUGAGGAGGUGUGGGCGCGCUUCUCAAAGCGAGUGAUGAGGACCAGCACCCUCAUCAAUGCGGGGGACGUGGCAUUGAUGUUCUUUGCGUUCGCGCGCAUCAAAUACAAGGACAUCAAGGCAUUGGACGCGCUGUCUCCUUUUAUAUUGCGGCACAUCGAGGACUUCUCCACAACCGAGCUGGUGCUUCUCCUCAAUGCUCACAAGAAGCUGGAGUACGAACGGCUCGACAGCGUUCGGCACGUUCGCGCGCGGUUCCAUGUGUGCGCUUCUAGACACGAGCUUGCAGCAGCCCAGCGCGAAUCCGGCGCGCCGUGGGCCCCGUUGUGGCCGAUGGAUUUUUACAUCUACCAGCACAAGUUCUGGCGCUUGGUCGACAAGGCGUGCCACACGCUGCUGUGGACGAUGAACCCGCUGGAGCUCUCCAAUUUGGUUAGCGCGUUGGCGCGCAUUGACCGGCGGGAGCCGCUGACCCUCAGGAGAAUCGCCAGGAUGUGUCGGCGGUGUGCCUCGCGCAACCUCUUCAGCCAGGAGACGCUGGCUACCAGUAUGAAUGCGUUCGCAAAGCUCGACUUCAACCACCCGAAGUUGGCGAAGGUCUUCGAGGACGCCGCGGUUGUCAAGCUUGACUGCGCAUUGUCCUUGGGCCCCGACUACCGCAAGUCCAGCUUGCGCGACAUGGACGUAUUUGACGUGCAGGCGUUGGUAUUGGUCUUGCACACAUUGGCGUGCUUGGUCGGGACGUCCGACGAAAUCUUGGAGAAGCUGCUCACGCUCGUCGCGUGGUCGAGCAAUGAGGUAGGGAACUACCAGCGACGGCUACUCAAACUCACCAUGAUCGUUCUGCGGGGGCAGCACAGAGAUUUGUGGCGCAGGCUCAAGCCAGAGGUGAAGGAGGCGUUCUACUUGUUCCAGAAGGUUCCAGUGGCUGUCACUACGAACGAGUCGCGCUGGAUGGUGGAGGUCAGAUACACAUUGAAGAAGAUGAACAUCCAGUGUGAGUUGAGCUCGGUCGUCGAUGACCAGGUUCUGGACGUGCUGUUGCCUACGAGCAAGGCUGUUGUCUACGCAGUUGGCCCCUACGGCUUCUACGCAGAUUCGUCCAGGCGGACCGCGUACAGCAAGUUGCACGAGAGGCUGUUGGAAAUGGAGGGCUACAAAUGCAUGGUGGUGCCGUAUUACGAGUGGGCUGAACUCAAGACCGAGGAGGAUAAGAUGGUAUACCUGUGGUCACUGGGUCGCCGCGCCGCGGCCAGGAACAGGGGCCAGCCGGACGCCGCAGCGGCACCUGCUGACUUGGCCGAGGAGUUCCAGAGCGAUUUGCAGAGCGACCUCAGCGAGAUGUCUGCAUAG